CGGAGGUCACUCCCUCUUUUAUAUCUACCCGGCGCACAACAAAAAUUUGGGUUAUAAGUAAGUAGUUAAGCGUCGCAUGUCGAAGAGCCUCGAGAAAUGCACCCCGAUGAAGUAUCGACCUCACUGCGAAGGCCCAUUGCUGGCAAAACUGGCGAGUUACGAAUCCCAUCGCAGGAAAAUCGGUUGCCUUCCACCUUGUUGUAAUUAAAUGUUCGUAUUGCGAGGAAUUUAGACUCAGGUCGCAAAAUAAACACCUUGUAGCUCUGCGAGGGUUAUGUCCACAUCAAAGCUCUAGCCCUUUCCGUGUUCGAUCCUCUAGGGUUUAGCUCCUGUCUCUCGGGGUUCAUCCGAUAAGGUCCACCAUUGUUCUACUUAUGAGCCGUCGACUAAUUUGCCCGUGGGGAUUUGGCUCCAGCUUUUCUGCGGCGAUGGCCGUUGUGCUUCAUCGUCUAGCAUUUUGAGGUGCCUGGCCGUUGUGCUUCAGGAUUCUCGCAGGGUAAUUCAAUGUUCGUAUGGCGAGGAAUAUAGACCCAGGUCCCAAAAAAAAAAAAAAAUGUAGGAGGGUAGCGUGACUGAAUGAAUGAAUGACCCAAGACACGUCUCCACUGCUUUGUGAUACUCUCUCCUGAGAUAUAACGAUCACAACCAUAACUUGCUUGACUAUAGAAAACACGAGAAGGAAAGUCGUUUGAAGAAUUCGUAGUCUGAUUAAAAGUUGAGGUUGACCACCAAUCUCAAAUUCAAUCCUGAAAAAUGAUUACAAUCCUUCGGACUACUGGGAGAGUAGAUGAAAAUAGAAGAGUGGAGCUUAGGUUGUUGCCCUGGAAUUACAUAUGAUCCAGGGCUCAGGGCGACGGUGCCCCCCCUUAGCGCAGGGGGGGCACCGUGCAGCCCCGGACCCUUUUUGCAGGCGUCUGCCGGGGGGGAAGGCCUCAAAAGGGGCCCCCGGGGCCUUCUUCGCUCCCUCCCAGCUACCUGGCUGGACCCUGCAGACCUCCGAUUGAGGUGGAAGGCUUCGAAAGGGGCCCAAGGGACCGCCUCCGCUCCCUUCCAGCUGCCUUCCUGUGCCCUACAUGCCUCCGAUAUGCUUCGCCGCCGCAGCAGUGCGCCGGUUGUGGAAGGCCUCCGUAGGCGACAAAAGGCGGGGGGCUGGACCCGCUGAGCCGUGCGGCCUGUGCCGUCCGGGCCCUUGGUCAUCGGCUUGCUUGCUCUUGAGACCGUGGCCGCCUUCGGCGGCUUUUUACCCCGGAGACCUCCAGCCUGCGAGGGUCAGCAGAGGGCAGGAGGCCCCUGAGGAACAUGCAGAGAGGCGCAAGGGGACGCUCGCGCCCAGUUUUGACGCCUUCCACCAUUAGAAUCCGCGAAAAUCAGCGCGGAAAAGAGCGCGCGAGCGCCACCGCAGACCAUACCGCAGGGGGGAGCGCCGUGCAGCCCUACAACAUCUAUAGGCUCCGCCUCAUCUUGAAACGUUGGCCAAGCAGCAAGAGCUACUACAUUUCAUACAGAUAGGCACAAUGCUUGUUAUUGUUUUUCCCUUUCUUGUUCUAACGAUAACGACGGGGACUGUAUUUUUAUAGGAUAAACCCUAAAUAAAAAUAUACCAAGACCAUCCCUAGACACCAUCAGAAAAAUUUAGAUCAACAUCUUGUCCGCCAACGAAGUCAUCAUGUCGAUGUCAGUGUCGCAGGCCCGCGAGCUCUUCCAGAGCCUAAGCGCCGAGUCGGUGCCUAUCGAUACAGGGCCUGUUGUGAAUAGGGUUUUCAAGAAAAUUGCCCUAAAACAUCACCCCGACAAAUGCACUGAUGCUGGGAAAAAAAGCGAAAGAACGGAACUGAUGAAGCAAAUCAACUCCGCGAAAGAUGUCUUAGAUGCUUACUACGCAAAUAAGAGCAAGGAUUCGGCCCCGGUUGGUCGUGAUCAGUCGCAUGAACCGCAAACCGAUGUUGGCGAGGAGGAUGGCUCUAUGUCGGGUGCAGAGGACGUGUCAGACAAUGACAGCGACUGUUACGAGGAGGACGAUGAAGCCGGUCCGCAACACGGUAACCACUAUUAUUGGUCGGGGUUCGGAUUCGGGAAUGCCUCCCAUCGCCACAAUAAAGCGGCUGGCACGGGAUGGCGCGAUGCCAACUACACUAAGUCAUCGGAUGAGGAGAAUAGUACUCUAUUCGCAGACUUCUUGUUUCGCUUCACUCCCUCUGGCGUUCUGAAAACGCGUGACGAAUACGCUGCUGAGAUUCCGUUGAAGGACUUGCCGACGAAGUGGACCACGCAACCAAUGUCAGAGUAUUGUCAGCAAUUUCUUCCUCAUUUGCUCGAAGAAAUGCGCACCGAACUGCAGGAAACCCUGCACACUGUGCUAGACGCCCCCGAUCUGAAGAGUAUGCGUGCUCGGACAGAAGACUCGACAUUCGUGGAUCUGCGGCUCAGUGAAAAGGAGAUCUUCCCAGUGCAAGGUAACGAUUCUGGAACUCGUCUUUGGAUGCUUAAUAUAGGAAAGGGCAUCACCGUCGACUCAGAUUUACGAGCCGGUGACUUUGUCUUGCUCAUUCCGAAAGCUCAUGCUAAGUUUCCUUUGGGUGACCAUGUUCUUACGCGAGCCAUUCCGGGGUUCAUGGUACGAAAAAAACGCAUGUACAUGUCCGAGACAAUUUCCUUUAGGCUGCGGUCGGAACUGCGGUCGGAGGAUGAUACCAGGCGAGCUUCUUACGCAUACGUUGCCGUGCGACUGAUGAAACUUUUUUUGACGCAAAUGCUGCACGACAGGCUUGCGUCCGGGUUUCGAGAAGCCGCGCAUAUCAAGCCAGGUAUUGAGGACGCAUUGCGGGGGAAACAAGACUGCCGCAAUGACAUGUGUGAAGAAAGUCAAUAUGACGUUGGUCCACAACAUCAUGGCUCAGCUCUGCCAAAGAUCACUAGAGAGCGCUGGCGGCUUCUCAAGGAAAUGGAGCGACCUGGUCUAGAUAUGAAUAGUUCGCAGAAGAAUGUCUUGGAGCAUGCGACGCGCUUGCAGAGUGGAGCCCUGGCCGUCAUUGGACCGCCAGGGACCGGAAAAACGACCACGCUUGUUGAGGUCAUCGCCAAUCAAAUCACCCUGCAUCGCGACAAUAGUGUUUCCCUUCCAAAUGAAGAUCCUGGGCCGCCGCAAGUCGGCGUCUUCGCUACCACCAACCGUGCAGUGCAUGAGCUUUGUGUGCGAUUCGUGCGCAAAAAGGUCUUCGACCAUAUGAAGAACACUGAGCAGGAAGUCACUUUGUUUCCGCAGAUCAAGGUGGUUAUGUUGCGGUCCUUUCGGCUGAGAUUGUCCGAAGUGGAGGACGCAGAAACGCUGGAGCGUGUUGACUUGAGCAGCCGAGAACAGCGUAUUGCACGAUGGGCGCAUUGUGUUCGAGAUCGGAUGACCAAGCUGCAGAGUGUCUUUCAUGAUCCUAUCGGUGCAUUGCGAGAUCGCUACGAAAGGUUGUUGGCGGACCUGAAGAUUAAUGCCCCACCGAAGUCGGGAAACGAACAUUCGGAACAGGAAAUGCAAACCCUUCUAGGCCAUAAAGAUUUGCGACCAUUCAAAGCAGGCUCGAGCAAGCUUUUCGAAAUUCUGUGGGACACCAUGAUUGUGCCUGAAGUCAAAGAAAUUAUGAGUGUGACCGCGUCAGUGCGAGGUGAUUUCCACGAGAAGCAACAGAUCCGUGUUCCGAUUUUGAAAGCAUGCCAAAAUUUGUAUUUGCGUCUCUCCGAUACACAGGAAUCUCUAUUUUCCUUGAAGUCUGCGGACUCGACGACUGAAGUUUUUUCUACCGCAAUGAACGAACUGAAAGAUGGACUGCAGGCCACCUUUCGGGCGUGGAAAGUAGGAGAAAACUUUACAACAGAUGACCCUCUUGUACUCAAGAUGGCCUUCGAGAAAAGUUGUGGCGCUCAUGCUACAAUCGGCAUACAGCGCGGCGCAGGUGAGCAGCAGUGUCAACGUUGCAAGGUGGAAGCCGAUAAGAUUCACAGGACGAUAAUCGGCACGUCAGAUGCUUUGCGGCAUGCGCUCCUCCGCGAGACGGAUGUUGUUUUUAGCACCUACACGAUGCCGAUUUUCCGCCACUACGCAAUUUCCCUGUCCUUAACAACAGCCAUUUUUGACGAGGCCGGGCAACUUAGUCGUGCGCAUCUAGCGGCGGUAAUCCAACCUACGUGGGAACGCCUGAUUUUAGCUGGCGAUCACAAGCAACUUCCUGCCGUUGUGAAGAGCCGGCGAGUGAAGGAAACGGGUUUCGGUGUGUCGCUCCUGGAGCAGAUGAGCGGUCCGAAUGGACUAGGGGACCGAAGCCAGCACGUGCUCCUACUGGAUACUCAGUAUCGCAUGGACCCGGUUAUCGCAGGUUUCCCCAGCAGCCAGUUUUACGACCGCCUGCUCCACAACGGAGAGUCGAUUCGAAGUCGCUUGAAUAUCUUUCGCAACGAGCACUGGGCGACUAUGAGAAAAACGGUGUCUGGAACCACGACGAGGUCUUAUUCUGUGCUCGUCUUCCACGACACCAGUCAUUUGCCGCUGUAUCCGCGCGAGAGGGACGCGAACUUUCGCUUUGAUCCCAAGUUUUACCCGAAAAACAAAGAGAGCGGUGAAUUGUUCAGAUCGAGUGAUGUCCGCCAUCCGGUUAGCAAGUCCUACUACAACGAAAUGGAGGCUUUUCUCGUCCGCGAGGACCUAGAGGCGCUUAUCAAGAAAGCAGAAGGAGUCGCAAGCAGUACGAAUGAACUGUUGGUGAAGGCAAUGCCGAAAAAACUCACUGUUGCGGUGAUCGCUCCUUACGCCGAGCAACAGUCUUUACUGAAACAGGGUACCUAUUAAUUUCGAAAUUGCUUUACUCACCCUUGGGCAAAUGUAGGCUGUGCUUUCACAUUAGUUACUAUUUGACUCUUCAUCAUAUUCCUUUUCCUGCUGGACACGCGCUCGUCUUCAUCAUGCUCACUGCGUAGUGUUUAGCUUGCUAAAGAAAUUUGUAGCUCUACUUGUUCAUUCCUUUCCUUGGUAUUGUAAGAUUUUGGUCAAUGUCAAAACUUUUGUGCAGAACUCGGGCAUUUGCUUUCCAACGAUCUCGUGGACAUCUCCAUCGGUACUGUGGACGCUUUCCAGGGAAGCGAGGCAGACCUGGUUUGUGUUUCGUGCGUACGCGCAAAUAAAGCUGGCGGCAUCGGCCACGUCGCGAACCCGAACAGGGCGAAUGUCGCAUUGACUAGGGCCAAGCUCGCGUGCUGGAUCUACGGCCACAAAGCAACUCUAACGAAGUCCGAAGGUGUUUGGUCGGACUUUCUAAGGAGUUACGCCGCCCAUGAAGACAGUGCCAUCGUGGUGGAGAACACUGCCGACCGAUUCCGUUUGAAAUGCGCCGGGAGCAGUGGAGGCACGUCGAGAGACAACAUCGGCUCUCAACGGGAUACCUUCGCAGCUUUUGUCACCCGUGAUCGCGUGGUCUCGGCCAAAAAGAGGAUGGACCACGGCUCUUUCGUGAACGAGGAAGAUGGCAGUGUGAAUGUCUCGAGCCUCUACGGGUCUGCUUCAAUUGAUGACUUGCUGGACUUGACGUUCGAUCGUGGUUUGUGGAAGGUGCUUCUCCGCGAGAAGAUGAAGAAUACACUGGCGGGACUGCGAGAAACAAAAUCAGUGAUCGUCAGCAUGGUAAUCAACAUGCUUGGUUCUGGUGAACUUUUUCCCGAUGAAGACAGAGGAGGUCGUUCGGGCCCACUCCUUCUCGGUUCCGGCGACGUCGACUACGCAACGUGGCUAAUCCAGUCUACGCCGUUGGCGGGAGAUAAAGGCCGCAACACGCAAGCAUUUCUGUUGUGGUAUGUGCAUCUGCUACAAAAAGAUGACGACAAGGACAGAUUUGAGCAGGUCAUCGUCGUGCAUGAUCUGGUAAAGUACGGGGCAGAGGAGGCGGCACGAGCGGAGUUGGCAAAGCAGCUACAGUCAGGCCAGGGCCGCGCGUUUCUGAAGUCUUGCUGCCACCGCGAUCGGCGUCCUUGUGAACGCGGAGGUAAGCUACGUGUAGUGCAUCCGAUGGAGUUUGACGCCUCCGAAGUGUUGAAAAUUUCCGAAGGAAACAUGGAUUCUGAUGGUUCCCUCUGUACUUCGAGCCUCUUGCGCGUGCAGUCCGCAUUCACGCAAGAGGAGCGCAAACUGUAUACUGCAUCCGGCACGACGCGACUUGCACAGAUCAUCGCGCAACAGCGUAUAGAUGUGGAGGUCCCGAUCAUGCUGUCACCGCAACAGGAGGAACUUCGGAAAGACGCUGAGUGGAAGCUGAGUAUUGUUGGCGGUCGCAGCGGUUCGGGCAAGACGGAAAUCCUGAUUAGCGUGGGAUACGGUUUCGUCCGGGUCUUCGAUCGCUGCCGUGCGAAGACGGAACUUGAAGAGAACCCUGACGAAGGGUGCAACGUCCCCGCUGUCCUCGUAACGCAGAGCUUGUCACUACAACAAUCCCUGCAAACGCGUGCCGAAAAGUUAGAGUCUUUCAUGGCCUUGACACCACCUGACAGCUUUGAAUCGUGGACCAGGGACCAGCAGAGGACUUGGAUCGAGUCUGCCUUGGAUUCGGAAUCACAAAUCGGACAGACAUCGACGAGAGCUCGUUGUGCAGAUAAUGCUGACGGGCGAGCGUUUCGCGAGCCUCCGCGCAAUUUCAACGCGGAGAUUGGACCUGAACAGCUCAAACGCCUGCACGUUUUUACGGUGCGACAACUGCUCCAGAUGCUGGACAGAACAUUGAAAGGGACACCCUUCUUUAAGCCUGAAGACGGGACGGAUGACGAACUCGGAGGGCAGAAAGAUCGAAAUGGUGAAAUCAAUUUUGUCCGGUUCGAGAAGCACAUCUGGCCACAGAUAGUUAAGAAGGUCAAGGGCCGAGCGAGCUUGAAUUCGCUCUCUGUAUUUCAAGAAAUCCUGGACAUCAAAGGCCACAUUUUUGCCGGGGAAGAGGGCAGUAGUCCGUUAAGGAUUCGCGCAAAGAGCGAGGAGAAGUACGUUGCGGGGAGUCUCACACGCAAGAACAGACUGUUCGAGGACGAUAAAACACGCAAAACAUUCUAUCUCUACUUCCGUGAAUACCAGGCUGCUCUUCGCGAAGAAGAGUGGGAUGUCUGUGACCUGUGCCAAAACCUGUACGACCGCUACCUGCAGUACGGCUACCACGGACGCCAUGUCGAUAAGUUCUUGUCGGACGAAUCGCAGGACCUACUCCUGUGUGAGAUGUUAGCUUUCACCAUUCUGACCCCGAGCGAGAACAGCUUUUUGUGGGCCUAUGAUAUGGCUCAGACGAUUCAGGAAGGACGCAAAUUCAAAGUUGAGGACUUAAAGACGCUGCUUUAUUAUCGGUAUAAUCGAAAGGAGUCCCACCUGGGCAUGGUGGACUUCUCAGAGAAGAACGACACGAAACGUAAAGAGGAGCUUUCGCAGAAUCUACGACCGAAGUAUGAACUUCUUAGCUACACUAAGAAUUACAAUUUCAAUCGAAGUAUAAAUGAGGGCAUUUAUUUUCCAAUUUAUGUCGGAAGUAGUAGAUGAACUAGUAGCUUGGAGCCCCCGAGAACAACCCCUCGCACUAGGAUGCCCUUCCCCCCGAAGUAACCCAGGGAACAGGCAGGCAAUUCUUUAACUUUAAACAGUCUCGCUGCGAUUCAAUUUCUUGGGUUUGGAUUUCUCAAACUUCGAAGCCUUCCGCAUUAUUUUGCCGCUUUGGGACGGAUUCAAUUCGCUGGCUUUGAAUUUCUCCAAUUCAAAAGCUUUCGACUUUAAGCCUUUCUUCUGAGGUUCAAUCUCUUGGCGUGGGAAUUUCUCAAAUUUCGAAGCUUUCCCUAUUAUUUUGCCCCUUAGGGAUUAACUAAAUUCCCUGGAUUUGGAUUUCUCAAAUGAAUCCCAAAAUUUUCGACUUUCGGCUUUAUUUUUGAGAUUCAAUGUCCUGGAUUUGAAUUUCUCAAAUUUCGGGGCUUUCUUUAUUAUUUUGCCGCUUUGAGCUAGAUUGAUUAAAUUCGUUGGGUUUGGUUUUCUCAAAUCCCAAAAUUUUUAAUUUUAGGCAUUUUCUCUGACAUUCAAACUCCUGGAUCGUUAGCUCAUGAGUUUACGAUUAGAGUUCGUGAGUUUAUGGGUUUGAAUCUCUCAAAUUUCGAAGCUUUCCACAUUAUUCCGCCUCUUUGGGAUUGAAUUCGCCGGGUUUGAAGCCCUCAAAUCCCAAAAUUUUUGACUUUGGGCACUUUUUCUGAGUUUCAAUUUCCUGGAGUUGAAUUUCUCAAAUUUCGAAGCUUUCGGAGUGAAAUUAGAUCCGCGGGAUGUGAAUAGCUUAAAUCCCAAAGCUUUCGACUUUAAGCGUUUACUCUGAAACUCAGUGCCGGGCUUCAAUUUCUCAAAUUUCGAAGCUUUCCGCAUUAUUUUGCCGCUUUGGGAUCGAAUUCGCCAGAUUUGAAUUUCUCAAGUCCCAAAAUUAAUCUGAAACUGAAACUCAACUUGCUGGGUUUGAAUUUCUCAAAUUUCGAAGCUUUCCGCGUUAUUUUUGUCGCUUUUGGAUUAAAUUCGCUGGAUUUGAGUGCCUCACUCAAAUCCGAAAAUUUUUGAUUGUAAGCAUUUUCCUGUUUAUGAGUUUCUGAGUUCGUGGUUUCGUGAGUUCAUCAGUUCCUGGGUUCCUGAGUUCCUGGGCUGUUGAGUUCUUGAGUUCCUGAGUUUCUGAGUUUCUGAGUUUCUGGGUUUCGGGGUCUCUGGGUCUCUGGGUUUCUGGGUUCAUGGGUUCAUGGGUUCGGGGUUUGCUGGUUUUUGUGUCGGAGGUUGAGGGUUUGGGGGUUGGAGGUUGAGGGCUUCGGAGGUUGUGGGUUCGGGUGUUGGAGGUUGAGGUUUCGGAGGGGAAGUGUUUGCUGAAUUUUAUUGCUCUUAAUAUUAACUUGUGCUAUUACAACUUGUGCUUUGUUGUUGUAUGACUUCCAGUUCCACGUCCGUCGUCUUCCAGCACCAGCAUGAAAGACGAAGACGUUGGUAGUGCUCCUUCUUGUUCGUUUAAUACUCUCCAUCUCGCAAUUGUUGUCUCGUGUCAGGUUUUUGACGGAGAAUUUUCGCACUCAUGAUGGCGUGUUGCGCGUUGCGUCUCUGUUGUGCGUGGACAUGUUAAAGGUUGUGUUUCCGCAACAAAUCGACUGCAAUAUGCCUAGGGAAGAAAGUCGUGACGCAGGGGAGGCGCCGCGUCUCGUGUAUGGCGUCGAGGAUGAAGAGUUCGCGAGGAUUCUUUUUCAUGAAGGUUCGCGGGGUAGAGAAACAAGCACCGCGUCCAUUCUUGGAGAGUCCCGCGAGUUGGGUCCGAAUCAAGCGAUCGUCAUCUACUCUGAAAACCAGCGAGCGGCUGUGCACAAAUUCUUCAAGCAUGCUGAUGGCAGAAAAGUGCCAAACGUAUUCACGCCGCAGCAGAUUAAAGGACUCCAAUUCAAAUCAGUUCUCGUGUGGAAAUGGUUUUCUAGUGCUCCCCAGCAUAAUUGCUGGCAUCUUCUCGAAGCGGCCUUGAAGGAGAUGCUGAGCUGCAGCGGCCGAGGAAACCAAGGUGGCCAAGGGGAUUAUUACGGAUAUCGACCACUCGAAAAUAUGCGUUCGAAGCUGACCGAGUCCGAGCUCGACGUGUGGUGCAGAGAACUGAAACUGCUCUACGUCACCGUGACGCGACCCCAGGCGCAGCUCUUGUUUUUUGAAGGUAUGUGCGACGAAAGGGUGUGGAAUAACCUCAGUCACAUUCGUAGUGUCCUUGUCGAUGCGCCACGCAGUGGACUACUACGUUCGCGCGGGGAAGUUCCCUCGUCUGGUACGUCAUACGCGCAAUUUGCUACCGCAGGAAAAUCCACACGUCGUGAGACAUCUGGAGAAGACGAUCUACUCGUGUUUGUGUCGGGUGAUAAUCUAAAUUCUACCCAAGGUUUUAGCCGAUACGUGACGGACGUGAAGUUGCGAGAUAGCUCGUUUGUGAAACAGUUUGCCGUGCUAUCCUCCUCAGCCGAAGAAUUUCGCAAAAAGGGCAUGGAGUUUUUUGCACACCAUCGUUGGUCAGACGCAGAGCAGAUGUUUCGAAAAGCGGGAAAGGCGAACCUGGCCAACCUUUGCGUCGCGAGAGCAGAGCAGACUCUCUCGGACGAAGACCUUCAGGGGCGUUCCGGUUAUGAAAAGGUCGACGCGUCAAAGCGGUUGUUGCAUGCCCUCGCAUUGUACCGGCAGUUGCUCGGGAUCCCCCAGGAUGAUCUUCUUCUCAGGCGCACAACGCCGAAACUGUGCGGCUUUGACGAUGAGGAGAAGAGCCAACUGAAUCUCCCACAGGAUCUAUACCUGCCCGCCGUAAAGUGUUUCCUGAGUCUCGGUCUCAAUGUUGAGGCAGGAGCGGCGUAUGCCACGUUUUUACACGAUCCGAAGAAAGCGGCUGAGCUGUACGAGAAGAGCCUCCAUUCUGCACAGACCAAGCUUCAAGACGCCAGGAAAAAGGUAGAGGAAAAAAACACGAAAAGCGACGUAGUUGUAGUUAAUAAGAAGAACAACACCAAUCAGCAACAAGCAGUUCUUGCGAGUCGACAGCACUCGUCACGUGAAAUCACUGAACUUGGGUACGAGGUCGCCCUGCUGAAGCGAAAAGCUGGAUUAGCGUAUGCGAGAGUUGCAUCCGAGGAGCUGCAAAUGCAAUCGCAAUUUGAUGAGGAAGUAGGAGAGCCCCUAGCUUCAGCUGAAUAUACCACAAGAAAAAAAAAAUUAUACAAGGAAGCGCAGAGGUAUUUUGCGGACGCGAUCAGGCUUCUCUGGGGAGAGUACGAGACUCUGGUGAAUCUUGGCGACAAGCCAGAUCCGAUGUUCAUCGUGACGACACUGGAGCCUUUCCGAGAACAGAUGGACAGUGAUCUAACGCUCAUUUCGAAGAGAGAUGGCAGGAACUUUCUGAAGUCAGAAAAAGAGUUUCCGAAGGCAGACGACCUAUCGCGGUGGCCAAUUUUCGACCGGAUUGGACAUAUCGCGCGUCAGGAGAUUAAUAGGGAAUGGGCGACCCGUGUUGAGAAGCGCAACAUGAAGCAGGGAGUGAUCAAAGCGGAGCUCAGCGCUCUCCGUGCGAAAUUGCAACGCGUUGUUCGCGCAGAAGAGGAGCCGUCAUUGCAGAAAGAGGCACGGGAAGUGCACAUUGGUACGGACACGGCCGGCGGCACUGGGUCCGCGACGCAAAGUGCUAGAGGCGCAAACGGUAAAAAGAAGAAGAAAACCUCAAAGCAAGGGACAAAGCCCAGCACCACCAGCGCUUGUAGUUCUGGCGCCGCAACGAGAAUUAAACAGAUGGAAAGGCUCAAGCUUGAAAAAGACAUAGAGAAAAACGAGAUAGCACUGUCCGAACUCCCUACGGACCAAGCAAUGCGCACUCAGGUAGCGUCCACGGAUCCUAAAAGCAAGGAGUUGCUUCUCAAAAUUGCGGAUAUGAUUCGCGAUCCCUUCGACGCAAUUGAUUUUCUAGAUUACUAUGCGGGGCUCGGGCUGGUGGCAAAGCUUUAUUUCUGUUCGAACAAGACAAAGCCUCAUGCGCAGUCCUCCACCACAUCAGCUUUAUCUUUGUUGUCGAAAUACGCGGGAUACGACCUCUGCAGUAUGCUGAACUUUGCACGCAACGCGGCCGAAGCCACCGGGCAAUGGAGCGACUCUGCCACACUGCUAACUCAGUUGAUCAGCAAAACCCACGAAAACACUCCCGAGAACCAGAAGCUAAAGGACUUGCAGCGGACCCAUUGCCGUUGCGAAAAGGUACUGAUGCCGGAACGUGACGGCGCGUUGCUUGUCAUAGAGCAAGAUUCCUGGGUGGAGACAGCGGAAUUUCCAAGAAGCAUCGCAGAUUUUGAGAAUAAGUUUCGUAAACGAACCCUGAAGCCACAACCUGGAAUACUCAUGGCCCGCCUCGCACGAGAAUUCGUCGCACAUCAAAAAUUCACUCUGUCGGCGCUGUCGGACGUAGAAAUAUCUGCCGAGGUCGCAGAUGUUGCCGCCAUAAACCGAUGCGUCCUGGAGGAACCCUCAACGAGCAGCGCCUUUUUUAUGCAUGAAAUCAAAAACGAUUUUUCCGCUCGUUCUAAUUGCUACCUGGUGUUCAAACAAUGGCUAGGGUAUUUAACGCUUGGAUAUACCGCCUUGGGGCAAGAUAACGGAGACGCUGGUCCAGAUCGUCACUCUGGCUCGGGGCAAGACAGGGCGCAACGAAAGAGGGAAAGUAAACGCUUCGAGUAUUGCCUUCGUGAGCUCUUAUCGCAUGCGGGGGACGAAGCUGCCGAGACUGAGUUUGUAGCGCAUCACUGCCGUGACCUGCGUGAGCAUGUCACACUGCGAUAUCAUUGGAAACCGCAGAGCAUGCAACCGAUUGUGCUCAGUACCGAGGAUUACCGGGCACACGCUCAAGAGUGCUACAGGACUAUAGGAAAAACGAUUUGCGACGCUUUUCAGCGCGUUUUUCUGCGAUACUUACUGGUAAGUUUCGACGCACGUGUUACUCGUUUACACAGGACGAGUGACACAGGUGAAGCUAAAGCGGAGGAGGUGCCGACGCCUAGUGCAGAGACGAAUUGUACGGCUGUAAUUGGAUGGUGUCUGACAGAGGUGCAAGGCUUCUUGCGAUGGGGCGAGCAGCACUUAUCGUUGUACGCUAAGGACUUUUCUUGUCGACCAACGUUUGAAGGACUUGCGGGCCAGGCGCGCUUGUUCCUCUACACGUCCUUUGUUGCCCAAUGGGAGGGCACCAGACUGACAUGUGACCUUCUGGAGCAAUCACAAUCUGUCAAGAAACAACACGCGCUUCUAGCGAGGAUCCUUGAUUCUCUGAUCGCUCAAGACGAGCCACCAAAAUCUACCGCAGAAGGGGAAUUGCUCCAGCUCUGGUGGUUGCAAAGUAAUCUGCUCACUGCAGGAGAUGUCGCAGGUGAUUUCUGCGGUGGAUUUUUACAGCGGGCACCGCGAGAACUGCUUUGGAGGGAACGAAAAUCAAGGUCUUCGACAUCUGCUGGUGGAAAGUCAGACUCCGGAAGCUACAAAGACCUUGACGUCGGACAGAUGUUAGAGGGCAUACUCGAAAGGGAGGAAGAUCUCACUUGCUCAAUUAACAACAUAGUUCACGAACUUGAUGGGGAACAAACUGUUUUUCACGACGAUAUGAAGGAGAAACUGCGACAUGUGGCCGAGCAGGUGGGUGUCUUGCUCCACGACGGUUACGCUAAUGCAUUGCUGAGGCUUUCGCACACGUCGGAGCACUUUCUCUGCCUUGUCCAUUUAGUCGUGAGAAGCCUUCAACAUGCAAGUUGUUUCUUAUUCGACGGAACUGUGUCAGCUUCAGGGCAAUCUUCUGCCUCGCUUUUUUGCGCUGCACAGCUUGCCGAGAAGUUGCUUUUGCAAACGCAAAGAAACACCGAAGCGCUGAUACAUGAUAUUGAGCUUCUUCAGGCCAAUAUCCUAAAGCUACGCAUGUUCUACGCAAAGGUAACCAAAGAGGUCGAGUCGUGUGAAGCCGCAUUUUUGCAAGGAGAGAAACAUCUUACGGCACUAAAAGCCAUGCGGCAGGAGCUGCUCACACGGCGAACCUCCGCAAAGGGCACUACCAGAACAGAACCGACAGAGGUGGGAGCCACGAACGCGGUGGCUGAAGUGAAGGAGGCCGCCAAGAAUGGUAAGGGAGUAAAAGGAUCAAAAACGAAGGCUGCUCCUGGAAAAAAUGGGAGAACAGGAGGAAGCAGCAAGAAGUCAGCGGAGGGGGACGACGAGAAAAAGUUACAAGCAAAGAUCGACGCAGUCACCAAGAACGUUGAAAAGGCUGAAGCUGCCUUUGCGGCAAAAGAAUGUAAGCUACGUUCUACCAUCGCAGAAGUAUUUGCUGUCUGGGCCCGUGAUUGGGAAGACCACGCCGAUGCGCAGCCUGAAGAGCAGACAGAGGUCAUUUCUUCUGGCUUGGAUUUGGAGACCCUCAGAAGUAGAAUCGUUGAGAUUCUCGCCGCGGCGUCCAAGCGCAUCGAUGCAGCGGAAGAAAACCUGCAGUCCAAGGAAUCUUUUCUGAAAGGGGAACAAGGUGUCUCCGUGACCUUCGACACCAUGCGAAGCAAAGCACGACAGCUGAAGGGAAUGAUCUUGAAGGUAGUCGUGCCCAAGAUGUUGACGACAGCCGACAACACGCAGAAACAUCCCAGUCCAGGCGAGGCUUUGCGCGAACGAGAAACUGCUGGAGUUGAUUCGCUCCUCCAGCAUCAAAACAUCUACUCCGAGCUGUUGAACCAUAUCGGUAGCAAGCACGCAAUUCAGUACAUGCGUCGUGUCUUCGCUACAUGCGCCGAUCUAGCUUUUUAGCGAUACACCAUUAAUACCACACUCUCUAGGUCGUAUUUAUGAUUUAUCAUGUUAUAUAUAUUAUAUUUAUAUUGAUAUGUUGUAUAUGAUGUUGAUCGGUAUCGGAUGGCUUAACUCUAAGUAAUGAUCUUUUUGAUUUCGCAAUGCGAUGUUAUUUCUUGAUCUACUUUUUGUGAACAGAUUACAGUACAAAAAAGUUGCCUUUAUCCUUCUAAUUCGUCAUAUGAAGAACUAAGUACACAUAAGGAACUAAGUGCCCUCUGAGGCGAUCACCACGUCCCACUGCACGUCCUCCUUGGGGCGCUCCGCCGGCGCUUCUGUCGGCACUUCGCGUGAAGACCUGGCAAAGGCGCCCUAUCCGAUCCUACUAUCGCAUAUUGUAAGGAAACUACAUCUACAGAGGGAGAAUAAGAUAAAAAAUUGUGUUUAAUAGAACUACCUGAAAAGAAGGCAAAGGCUUGUUUCCUAUUUUCGAUGACAUGUGGGUCAUCCUCAUUCCUAUGUUUUGAUGACAUGUGGGUCAUCCUCAUUCCUAUUUUUUGAUGACGUGCGGGUCAUCCUCAUUCCUAUUUUUUGAUGACAUGUGGGUCAUCCUCAUUAUUCCUUCGUUGACUAUAUAAAAAAAUGGCUUUAUUAGCGCAGGACAGCAACAAGCGCAGCUCUCGCGAGAUGAUCGACUGAAGACGCGAUGAGUCAUCCGUGUUUCUACAACGUGUGUCAUACUCAUUCCCAAGUGUAUUAAUGAUUCUUGUGAGCAUCCACGGCGACGAAUCCGGUGGC